AUGGAAGACAAUUUUGCUUCUGUUAAUUCCCAGGUAAGCAAGAGUGGCAAAAGGAAAUGGACUAUGGCUGAGGAUGCAGUCAUUAUAUCUUAUAUGAUUGACCUAAGGAAUAUGGGCACCCACAAUGCCGACAUAGGGUUUAAGUCUGGCUACUUGCCAGAACUUGAGAAAAUGCUUUUGGAAAAGCUCCCGAAUUGCGGUAUCAAGGCGAGACCUCACAUUGAAUCUCGAUUGAAAACACUGAAAAAGAAAUGGGCUAUCGUGUAUGAUAUGAUGCUUAAUAUUUCAGGCUUUGGAUGGGAUUCAACACGAAAGAUGGUAACAGCGGAAGACGAUGUUUGGGAGGCUUAUGUUGCGACUCACAAAGAAGCCGCUCCAUUUAGACUGAAAAGUUUUUCACAUUUCGAAGAAUUAUCUAUAAUAUAUGCGAAGGAUCGAGCUAUUGGAAAGGAUGCUCAAGCUGUUGAAGAUAUUCUGAAAGAGUUUGAGAUUGAAGAUUUGACUGCAGUAACCGAAGAAGCGGAUGUGAAUACUUCAAAUGAAAAUAAAUCUGCUAAUGCAAAUACCAUUACAUCAGGAGAUGUUUCUCGUGCUAAUCUGCCACCAACAGAGGACCCAGGAAGUGUUUCUUCGGGAAAAAAGUGGAAAAAGAAUGAAGGGGACUUCUCAAUAAUUUCUCAGGCCGUGAAUACUAUGGCAUCGGACAUGAACGAGGCUUGCAUGAUGCUCUCAAAGAGUAUUCACUCUGACAUUGUUCAAGAGAAGUUCCUUGAACUUCCUGGAGCUCUUCGUAGUGUUGAUGGCUUUAUUUCAGCACAAGUGCCUAUCUUUUUGAGUGGUGUCAUGCGCCCCAGCUCGAGAUCUGAGAUUAUCAAGGUGAAUUUGCUGGUGUCGAGCUAUCUUUUUGAGCGAGUAUGCCUGUAG